AUGGAACUCUGCUGCCGUCGUGAAGCCAGACUUUGCCUUCUGCAUAAGUUCAACACCAGUGUUUUGUGUCAGUCUGUCAUCGGCCUCAGACCUGAACACAACAGUAAAAGUAAACACAGAGAACAGAUCCAGCGUUAUAAAAAGAUCCUGCAGAAUGAACCGCAGGAUGACAGUCAUUUAGUGGCUCUGACCCGGAGUCUGGGGCCUGGGGGGGGGGGGGGGGGCAGAGGACGGAUCGGAGGCGGCAGCUGCUGCGGCGAAGGCUCCGGGACCAACACAUCUGUGCUCCUCCUGCUCCUGCUGCUCCUCCUGCUCCUCCUGCUCCUGCUGCUCUACCUGCUCCUGCUGCUCCUCAUGCUUCUCCUGCUCCUGAUGCUCCUCCUGCUCCUCCUGCUCUACCUGCUGCUCCUCAUGCUUCUCCUGCUCCUCCUGCGUCUCCUGCUUCUCCUGCUCCUCCUGCUCCUGCUGCUCUACCUGCUCCUGCUGCUCCUCAUGCUUCUCCUGCUCCUCCUGCUCCUCUGCUCCUCCCGCUCCUCCUGCUCCUCCUGCUCCUCCUGCUCCUCCUGCUUCUCCUGCUCCUCCUGCUCCUGCUGCUCCUGCUUCUCCUGCUUCUCCUGCUUCUCCUGCUCCUCCUGCUUCUCCUGCUCCUCCUGCUUCUCCUGCUUCUCCUGCUCCUCCUACUCCUCCUACUCCUCCUGCUCCUCCUGCUCCUCCCGCUCCUCCUGCUCCUCCCGCUCCUCCUGCUCCUCCCGCUCCUCCCGCUCCUCCUGCUCCUCCCGCUCCUCCUGCUCCUCCCGCUCCUCCUGCUCCUCCUGCUCCUCCUGCUCCUCCUGCUCCUCCUGCCGGGAUCACCGCGGGGCCUCUGCACUUGCUAAUAAAGGCCCUACCCGCUGGUAUCGUCUCGGCGUUCCCUGGUACUGUCAGAACCGCUGGUAUCGUCUCGGCGUUCCCUGGUACUGUCAGAACCGCUGGUAUCGUCUCGGCGUUCCCUGGUACUGUCAGAACCGCUGGUAUCGUCUCGGCGUUCCCUGGUACUGUCAGAACCGCUGGUACUGCCUCGGCGCUCCCUGGUACCGUCAGACCCGCUGGUACUGCCUCGGCGCUCCCUGGUACUGUCAGACCCGCUGGUAUCGUCUCUGCGCUCCCUGGUACUGUCAGAACCGCUGGUAUCGUCUCUGUGCUCCCUGGUACUGUCAGAACCGCUGGUAUCGUCUCGGCGCUCCCUGGUACUGUCAGAACCGCUGGUAUCGUCUCUGUGCUCCCUGGUACCGUCAGACCCGCUGGUACUGCCUCGGCGCUCCCUGGUACCGUCAGACCCGCUGGUACUGCCUCGACGCUCCCUGGUACUGUCAGACCCGCUGGUACUGCCUCGGCGCUCCCUGGUACCGUCAGACCCGCUGGUACUGCCUCGACGCUCCCUGGUACUGUCAGACCCGCUGGUACUGCCUCGGCGCUCCCUGGUACCGUCAGACCCGCUGGUACUGCCUCGGCGCUCCCUGGUACUGUCAGACCCGCUGGUACUGCCUCGGCGCUCCCUGGUACUGUCAGACCCGCUGGUACUGCCUCGGCGCUCCCUGGUACCGUCAAACCCGCUGGUACUGCCUCGGCGCUCCCUGGUACUGUCAGACCCGCUGGUAUCGUCUCUGCGCUCCCUGGUACCGUCAGACCCGCUGGUAUCGUCUCUGCGCUCCCUGGUACUGUCAGACCCGCUGGUAUCGUCUCGGCGCUCCCUGGUACCGUCAGACCCGCUGGUACUGCCUCGGCGCUCCCUGGUACCGUCAGACCCGCUGGUAUCGUCUCUGCGCUCCCUGGUACUGUCAGACCCGCUGGUAUCGUCUCUGCGCUCCCUGGUACUGUCAGACCCGCUGGUAUCGUCUCGGCGCUCCCUGGUACCGUCAGACCCGCUGGUAUCGUCUCUGCGCUCCCUGGUACUGUCAGACCCGCUGGUACUGCCUCGGCGCUCCCUGGUACCGUCAGACCCGCUGGUACUGCCUCGGCGCUCCCUGGUACUGUCAGACCCGCUGGUAUCGUCUCUGCGCUCCCUGGUACUGUCAGACCCGCUGGUAUCGUCUCGGCGCUCCCUGGUACUGCCUCGGCGCUCCCUGGUACCGUCAGACCUGCACCGCGGCGAUAAGAACCGACCAAUCGCUGCUGUGUUUAAGUGCGGGACAUCCGAGGACACGGUCAAAGCAGCAGAAGGAGGCGGCAGGCGGAUUCCUGAGGACGAGUCAGCCCAGGAACAGCCACAGAGACUGGAGCAGCCGUGGCCGCCGUGGAGGAGGGGGGUCGUCCGAUCGAGCCGGAUAA